GUGGAACCUGAUACUGAUGAGGUUUACGCACACAUUACUUUACUCCCAGAAGAAAAUCAAAGUGACCAAACAACUCCUGAUGCUUGGUCUCCUCAGCCUUUUAAUUUGCAAUUUCAGUCAUUCUGCAAGGUUUUGACUGCUUCUGAUACCAAUAGUAACUGGGGACUCACUGUGCGACGAGAAGAUGCCAUAAAAUGUUUUCCUCCCCUGGACAUUACCAAGCAGAAACCAAUCCAGGAAUUGAUAGUAAAAGACCUUAAUGGCUCCGAAUGGCGAUUUUGUCAUGUAUUUCGAGGCCAACCUCGAAGACAUUUGCUUACAAAAGGUUGGAGUAAAUUUGUUGCUAGUAAGAAAUUAGUUGCUGGGGAUUCAGUUAUCUUCUUAAGGGGAGGAAAUGGUGAACUUUGUGUUGGGGUUAGACGUCAAGCUCAUCGAAGACACAACAUUGGUUCAUCACCAGUUUCAAGUCAAACCGUUCAAGGAGUGCUUGCAGUGGUCUCCCAUGCUUUUGCAACGGGAAGUCUCUUUUCUGUCUAUUAUCAGCCACGGAAAAGCAGAUUCAUUUUAAGCUUGAACAAAUAUCUUGAACCAAAUAGAGCGAAACCAUCAAACCAAAAUUCAGCUCAGAUUGCUUCCAAUGGUCUAUGCACUAACCAGGCCUCCGUCGAUGACCUUGAUUGUGAUGUAUUCAGUGACAUCUUCUUAGCUGCACACCCUCUCUUUCUGGAGAAUACACCAGAGCCAAAUGGGAAUUGUGUAGGAGUUGCUUCUACCGUCCAAAAUUUUGAGGGGUGGCCGGAAUCCCAGAGGGAGAGUUUCACUACCUAUCCACAGCAGCCUAUACCAGAACCUUCUGCGUCGACUUCAACCUUGCAGCCAACUGACACCUUACAAGUGAUGUGCACUUAUUCUACCCCGAGGCAGCUUCCCACUGAGGGACCUGGUUGUGGUAACGAGCAAGUCUCGUGGGCAGGUUACCAAGUGGCCCAACGAUAUGUUCCUAUACUCAGUAGAGUCAUUAUGCGUUACCCCAGUACUAUCUCUGGCUUCAAAGCAAUAACUGGUGCGCUGCAGUCAGUGUACUUGGAGAUGUUGGCCAAGUUAGUAGAUUUGCUUGAGAAAUCCAGAAUAGGAAGCAUGGACAAUAGGAACCAGUUCCAGGUCAUUAAGCAAUAUCUUGUGGACUUGAAGUUUAUUGGUAUCGAUAUUAGCUGGAUUGAAACCCGUUUAGCACAAAUUGAUGGUGUCUUGAAAAUGGAGAAGUUAAUUCAGCACCAACAUACGCUUGCCCACAGAAUUGAUGAAACACAGUUCACCCUUGGGCUACUAAACCAGGAGCUUGGUUCAGUGAGGAAGGAACUCGAGGAGUUGACGCCCAAAGUUGGGCCGACCCCUCCUUCAAAAGAUUGUUCUAUUCUUGAGGGUCUACUCUAGGUUUAGUUGUUCUGUUUUUCUUUUACUGUUUGGCAUACAAAGUCUGAAUAUAAUGUGGCUAACAUUGAUAUGAGGAGCUUGUUCCAGAGCACUAGCUGAGCUUAAUUGCUCACAGUAGAAAUGUACUAUAGCUUCAUUUUCUAAUGAUUGGAGGUUGCAUCCCUAAAUAAGGAGAUGAUAUACUUGGGAAGUCUUUGGAAUUUCAACAAUCAGUGUAUUAAUGAAAAUGUUGUUUUAGUUUAAGCUUU